AUUGUUUUUAAUGCAUGAAUUCUUGUUCUGUCCUUUUGCAUGUAGGGAUUCGGGUUUGUAACCUUCGCUAACAGUAGCGACGCAGAGAGAGCACGAGAACGAAUCAAUGGCACUAUGGUUGAGGGGCGCAAGAUUGAGGUGAAUAAUGCAACGGCUCGUGUUCAAACAAAAAAAACACCAACUCCAGUUGUGCCCAAUGUUUGUGUUCAAUGGCCGGAAGGCUAUAGAAUGUCGAUGACAUCGAUGGCAUGGCCAUUUCUGAGUUCGAUGAGAAAUGGGGCAUCUGUUUCACCAGCUACAUCACAAGCAACUGCACACUUAACACCUGCUCAACAACUUUUAUUGGCUCCACGAGCUGUUCAUAGACGAAGUGUCUACUACGAUCCAUUCUUGGUUGCAGCAGCCCAACAGGUUCAAGCUCAAGCUCAAGCUCAAGCUCAAGCUGCAGCAAAUUCUAUUCAAGCAGCUCAAGUUGAUCCCAACUAUCGUCUUCAGAUUGAUUCGAAAUCUAAAAUCAUACAGGCACAAGCAUCAAAUCCAUUAAUAAAUAAAACAACCAUGACUCAAGCAGCGGCAGCGGCAGCGGCCAAUAAUGUGCAGGUUGCACAUGUCGCACAAGCACAAGCACAAGCACAGGCUCAAGCACAGGCACAGGCUCAGGCUCAGGCGCAAGCAGCACAACAAGCGGUUGUUGCUGGACAACAAAAUGCACUAAUCGCUCAUGCACAGCAACAACAAGCCGCAUAUGCAAUUCCGGCAGCUACAUUGAAUGCAGGAAUUUCAGGCAUGCGAGCAGCAUAUGGUGCAGCAGCCACGGCUGCCGCAGCAACAGUUCCAAAUCAUAGUUUGGCAAACUACGCAAUGGCAGCUGGGUAAGUUCUUUUGAACCUUUGGACUAUGACUCCUAAUCAUCGAGGAUAACAUUUUUCAACGUGGGAAACAUUGUUCAUCAUUGUCUCAUUUAUUUUCUUUGACUUUCAUUUAUUAUCCUUGACAUUUUGAUAUGAUUGACAUAUAUUCGUGAUUUACCACAUGAGCAUUCCUUUUAAAUAUAUAAAUUCUUUCGGAAUAAAGAAGCGUCAAAUUCAAAUUCUAUACCUUUUUUAUAAAAUAAUAAUAAUAUAUAGAUGUCCAAUUAACAUCGAAAUAUUAACAUAUCUUAUUACUAAAUACGAAAAAUCCUUUAUUAACUAUUAACAACCAAUCAUACUACGCAUAAUAACAUGAGAAGUAGUAUUAAGAUCGAUGUUAAUAGCGAGUAGUAGUAUGUUUAUUAUCUAUUAAGAUGUCGAAGUUAAUACGCGCCAUUUGCAAUUUUGCACAGCAAAAUACAAGUGUGAGUUGUGUGUUAGUAGAAUGUCGAUUGUAAACAAGUGUGAAUGCAAGGGU